ACUCUGCCAUAAUUAACUCCCGAUUCGUACUCUACACAAUCAAAUAUCUGUCAACAAUUCAAUCCUGGUUCUUGAACUGAUUUUCGUUACAGCCGGAUGGGACAGAUCUGUUUCACUUUGUUCAUGGACAUCAAACAUGGACUGAAUACCUAACACACAUGGAACAAGAUGGCACUUGGGGUGAUCACGUGAUUCUGUAUGCCGCAGCAAACAGCUAUAAAACAUGCAUUCGUGUGGUCAGCAAUCUAUCCCAUAGCAAUGAUGUAAUCAUUACGCCGCAUUGUCCAGUUGACGAAAGCAAACCACUUGUGCUUGGACAUAUUGAUGAGUUGCAUUAUGUCAGCCUUCAACCCAUCCAAGCAUUCAGAACAGCGGACCAUGCCAAGCCUCAAGAAACUCAUAAAGGAGCUACGCCAGGAAAUCCCCGAGAGGAAGACAAGUCACUUGAGGUGGAAGAAGUCAGCAGAUCAACUGAUCAAGAUGAUGAACAACUGGAGGAGGCUGCUGGAAAUGAGAAUGGAGGAAAGACUGUCAUUAGGAGAGGUAAAAUUGCAGGUGAGUCGGAGACCUGGAAUCUUGCCGAAGCUGGUGCCUCCAUCACAUUUAGCCUUGGGACGAUAGCAAAUUCCUUGGCCGUGACAUGUUCAUUAUGGAGCUCUGAAGCCAUCUCUCUACCCAUUGGUAAGGAUGAGAUCUUGGUAAGCAAUGUUAUUGAGCUGUCUCACGAUGGCCCACCUGAUCUUGAGUUCAUGGAGACUGCUCCAGGAAGAAUAAAUGUAGGUCUGUCGCACGGUGCCUCCAACCUCAAUGGAUACGAGGUGGUUGUCAAGCAGUUGGUUGACCCAGAAUAUAACGAGUGGAAGGACUUGGAGACAACAACCAUUUGGCAUAUGUCAGUGAAUCCAACCGUUCCCAAUUGGAUGUUCCCUUUCGCUGAAGCUACUUGCACGAAGACAUGGUUUUCCUCAUAUGCGGUAGUCUGGCGCCUCAAAUCUUUUGUCUUUCCUAAGCUGACGUCUGUAACCCCCGAGCUCAUCUGUUCAGUGCCAGACUAUCCAAAUGUUAGUGUUACGAUUCCACGGAACUCGUUGCCUACCGAUACAGAUUUUUGUUUGACUUUAAAGGUGCAAGAAACGCCAAGGAUUAACCACGACGUAGAAGAAAUGUUUGUUGGUCCGAUUCUUCACAUUUCGUGUUCGCGUAAUGUGAAGCUGUCGGAGUUCGUGAAAAUCAGCGUCCCGCUGGCACUCAACGAUGGCGAAAGAGAACCAGUGGAACUGCAAUCAGGUCAUUUGAGGAUACUACAUUUCAAAUCAAGCGAAAAUUCACAAGAAUGGACUGAUAUCACAGAUCAUUUGGAGAUGCCUGUAGUCCUCAGAGAUGGAAUAGCGACGUUUCAAGUCAAAGCUUUCUGCCGGUUUUGGCCCUGGUUGCUGAAGACAUCAAGCGUUCCAUGGCAAUAUGUCUCUUGCUUUCACGACAGAGUAAUGAAACAACGAGCUGGCUUUUUAGUUUCCCUGUGCGAUGAUGCAUUACCCUCGAGAAAAUUGCUGAUUUUCUCUUGUUUCCCGCAGCAUUUAAGAUUCAAAGAGAGUUACGAUAUAUCCUCGACACAUACUGUGAGUAUGCAGGGAUAUGUCACUUCUCCGAUACCUCUGUCUUACGAAGAAGAGACAUUUGUGUCUCUUUCAGAUGGAUUUGAGGUACGCGAAGAAGGGAGAACGGAGGACAUUGUCUUAAGGUUUCUUGGUCAUGAACCAUUUCGGCUGAGUGUACCUGUUCGCAUUGGAGAUAGUAGUAAUCUGCGAGUCAAGUUCAAGUCCUCCGUGUCCAUAAUUCCUAGAUCUUCAGCAACGGCUCCUGUUCCUGCGAUCCAUGACUUUAAAGAAGGAAAUGCCCGAGAGGAAGACAAGUCACUUGAGGUGGAAGAAGUUGUCAGCAGAUCAACUGAUCAAGAUGAUGAACAACUGGAGGAGGCUGCUGGAAAUGAGAAUGGAGGAAAGACUGUCAUUCGGAGAGGUAAAAUUGCGGGCGAGUGCCAGACCUGGAAUUUUGCAGAAGUGGGUGCAUCCAUCACAUUUAAACUUGGGACGAUCGCAAAAUCUUUGGCCGUGACAUGCUCAUUAUGGAGCCCUGAAGCCCUCUCUCUACCCAUUGGUAAGGAUGAGCUCUUGGUAAGCAAUGUGAUUGAGCUGUCUCACGAUGGCGCACCUGAUCUGGAGUUCAUGGAGAAUGUUCCAGGAAGAAUAAAUGUAGCUCUGUCGCACAGUGCCUUCAACCUCAAAGGAUACGAGGUGGUUAUCAAGCAAUUGGUUGACCCAGAAUAUAACGAGUGGAAGGAUUUAGAGACAACAAACAUUUGGCAUACGUCAGUGAGUGCAAUCGUUCCCAAUUGGAUGUUCCCUUUUGCUGAAGCUACUUGCACCAAAAGGUGGUUUUCCUCAUUUGCGGUUAUCUGGCGUCUCCAAUCUUUUGUCUUCCCUAAGCUGACAUCUGUGACCACUGACUUUAUCUGUUCAGUGCCAGACUAUUCAAAUGUUAGUGUUGCGAUUCCAUGGAAUUCUUUGCCUGCCGAUGCAGACUUUUGUUUGACUUUAAAGGUGCAAGAAGCGCCAAGGAUUGACCGCGACGUAGAAGGAAUGUUUGUCGGUCCGAUUCUUCACAUUUCGUGUUCACAUGAUGUGAAGCUGUCGGAGCCAGCGAAAAUCAGCGUCCCGCUGGCACUCACCAACAGUGAAAAAGAACCAGUGGACCUGCAGUCAGGUCAGUUGAGGAUACUACAUUUCAAAUCAAGAGAAAAUUCGCAAGAAUGGACUGAUAUCACAGAUCAUUUGGAGAUGCCUGUGGUCCUCAGAGAUGGAAUAGUGACGUUUCAAGUCAAAGCUUUCUGCCGGUUUUGGCCCUGGUUGCUGAGAACGGCCAGUGUUCCAUGGAACUAUGUCUCUUUUCUUUACAAUAGAACCAUGAAACGACGAGCUGGCUUUUUAGCUUGCCUGUGCGAUGAUGCAGUACCCUCAAGAAACUCGCUGAUUUUUUCUUGUUUCCCGCAGCAUCUAAUGUUCACAGAGGUUAAGGAUAUAUCCUCACUGCAUACUGUGAGUAUGCAAGGAUAUGGAACCUCAUGGGUACCUCUGUCUAACGAAGAUAAGAUAUUUGUGUCUCUUUCAGAGGGGUUUGAGGUACGCGAACAAGAGAGUACGGAGGGCAUCGUCUUAACGUUUCUUGAUCAGGAACCAUUUCGGCUGUGUGUACGUGUUAGCAUUGGAGACAAGAGUAAUCUGCAAGUCAAGUUCUGCAAAGAGCGAGAGAAAUCAGGAGUGAUAUGUGCAGUGCCCAUAAUUCCCAGAUCUGCAGCAACGGCUUCUGUUCCUGCGACCCUUGACUUUGAAGAGGGAAAUGGUAUGUCCGCCCAAAUUGCGCAACAGUCAGGCGUAAAGCGUCCAAAUGUAGAAUCGUGGUCAGGAAGCCCUGAUGCAGCUAAGAAAAGAAAACGCUCGUGUGUUGAGAUUGAGAAUGCCCACUAUAUGGUUAAGGAUGGUAAUCCAUCAGAAUACGAGUUAGAAGUGCUGUCUCUGGAACUUGGAGAAAAAUGGGAGGAAUUAGGACGACGCCUGGGAUUCAAACAAGCCGAAAUAAUUAGCUUUUAUGGAGACAACAGGGGGCUGUCAAGGAGGGCUUAUCUUAUGUUAUUGGCUUGGAAACAAAAAGAAGGCUCGAAAGCCACUUACGCAUUUUUGAACGAUGUUUUGUGUCAUAAUUUGGUGAAACGUAAAGAUCUCGGAGAACAGUUUUGUUGUGAUAAGAUUGUAGAUAAUGCCUCUCCUUACUAUUCUAUUAUAAACUAGACGCAAAGCUGCGUGAACUCGGGCUUUCAAUAUCGCACAUCUGCAGUUAUCUUUAGGGGACUGCCAC